CAUCACACACAGGCUUCUCGAAGACCACACUAGCUACUCUCCCAUCUUCUAUUCUUUUUGUUAUAAAUAAGCAUGAAAGUGGACUGUUUCAUGUAAAUCCGUUCUCAUAUAUAUAAAUCUCUCUCUCUCUCUCUCUCUCUCUCUCUCUCUCUCUCUCUCUCUCUCUCUCUCUCUCUCUCUCUCUCUCCCGAGUUAACUGGUAUCGACUUAUGGAAUAAUUAGUACGUACUUGCUGCAGAGUUCGAAUACGUACUUGCUGCAGAGUUCGAAUACGAGGUUAAUUAUGAGGUAGGUGCACAAGAUGGAGAAGCAGGGUACGUGCAUUACUAACUCAACAUGGAAAUUAAGGCCACCACUUUGAUAUUUUUUGACCUUAUUAAAAUUGGCCCUUUGAUAGGCCGAAAACUGAUAUUCAACAUCUUUUGCAAUGUAAAUUUAGUCUUAUGAACCCUAAUCAUAGUUGUGAGUUUAUGUUUGGUAAGAAAGGUACGUGAAGUGGUACAUAUGCUACUAAACACACCACGUACACACAUUUUGUUCUCUUUGAAAAACUUGUGCAAAGUGCGUUUGGAGGUCAUAACUAAAGCAUGUGUGUGUACGUUCACUUUAAAUGAAAUUUUGUAGUGUCAGAACGUGCAUACAUUGAAAACACUUUUUGUUGUGUAAGAAGGUAAAUGAAAAUUUGUAACGAUUGAACAUAUCCUCUUCCAUAAGUCUUUGAUCCGCCACUGAAUGAGUUAGUGGUUCAUGUACCCGUCUUCACCAUCAUGACCACCUAAACCUUAACGUUGAAGAUGUUUAAUUAAGUUCCAACUUAAUUUGCUGCCAUGAAAGAGCUAUCAGGUAUGGUUCUUAAUUUCCUUCCAAAACCUAAAGUAUUUUCGCAUUUCAUUCAUUUCAUAAUAUUGAUCUGCCUUCCAUAUCUAAAGUUUCUCUACUUGAAGUCUUGAAAACCCGCAGGCGAAAAAUCUUUACCCUCCAUCCCUUCGAAAAGUACUAUUUGUUUUACAUUUUUUUUAAAUUGACUUUUAUAUGUCAUUUUUUUGUUGACUGUAUCAGAUUUUGAGAUAUCCAUAGCUUGCACAUAGGAUCUGUGAUUAAUUACUUUGAAAGCAAUGUGAAGGUCUCAUCAAAAGAGCAUCAGCCGAUGGAAAAACAGAUCCUAUACACACAAAUGUGGUCGUGAAGAUGGAGAUAGAGAAAUUGAUAGUCAAUGUUGACCCAGUAAUUAGGAGAAUAAGAGGGCACGUGGUCACCUGCCCGGUAAAAGAUCCGUUGCAUAUUUUUCUGCUUUCAGCUGUAGUUUAGCCUAUUUAAGUUACAUUGUUUUAAGCUGUUUAAGUGUGUGUAACAAUUUCCAGUUUCAAUCAUUCAAUAAAGUAAACAUUCGGCUAUCUUGUUCCUCUUAUACCCCUGUCAAUUUUACUGUUAGAUUAGCCUUGCCCACCAACAAGUGGUAUCAGAGCUUUAAGGUUCUGAUCAUUUGUAUGCCCAAGAUCAUCAGAUACGAUACCAUGAGAGUAGCAUCAACAUCCAAUCCACCCAAAGACAGCCCAUAUCCCCUUUAAUGCCCGAUGCUAACCUCAUCAAAUUACAAUACAUGGUCGAUCAAGAUGGAAGCCAUUAUGGAUGCCCAUGGGUUGUGGGAUGUCAUUGAGCCACCAACCGGUGUGGUUGUGGAUGAGAAAAGGACCAAGCAAGCUCGAGCUUUCAUUUUCCAGUCGAUCCCAGAAGAGAUGCUUGCACAGGCUACGAAGAAGAAGACAUCCAAGGAGGUUUGGGACUCUCUAAAGUCACGGUAUGUGGGUGCAGAGAGGGUCCAGAAAGCAAGGUUACAGGUACUAAAGAGUGAAUUCGAAGCACUUCAAAUGAAGGAGAUAGAGACCAUAGAUGAGUAUGCAGGGAAGAUAUCAGCCAUGAUCUCAAAGUUUGGAAGUGCAGGGGCAAUAUUGGAAGAUGAAGAAUUGGUGAGGAAAUUGUUCGAGAUUGUCCUAGAAAAGUUUAUAAAUCUUGUGGCAUCAAUUGAGCAAAGCUCCGACGUGGAAUCUAUACCAUUCGAUGGGGAAAUUGGUCACUUAAAGGCUUAUGAAGACCGACUUCGACUCCGGAAGGCAAAUUUAAGUGGUGAUAAUGCCUUGUUACUUGCAAAGUUGGAAGGUUCCUCAAGUCAUCGCAAUUCAAGCAAGACCAGGGGUCGGGGGAGAGGUGCAAGUAGUGACAGAGGUGGAAGGGGCGGUUCACGGGGUUGGGGGUCGACUUGUGGAAGAGGUGGACGAUCUGGUGGUAGUUCACGUCAAGAAGCAAAUAAUUCCAACCGGAAGCCACGUGACAAAAGCCACAUAAGAUGCUUCGGGUGCCAAAAAUUAGGCCAUUUUGCUUCCGAAUGUAAAGCCAAAAAGCAGUAGGAUUAGUAGGUGAACUUGGUUGCAGAUGAAGAUGGACCUGCUUUGUUGUUAACUGUACACCGAGAAGAAAAUACAAGUAUGGUUCUUAUAAAUGAGGAGAAGAUGUAUCCGAACUAGUUAAAGGGAAAAGAAGAUAACAACAUGUGGUACCUAGACAAUGGGGCUAGUAACCACAUGACUGGUUCUAAAGAAUUAUUAGCAGAACUAGAUGAAAACGUAACUGGACAAGUAAGAUUUGGAGAUGGGUCUAAGGUUCCUAUCAAGGGGAAAGGCAGUCUACUAUUUGAUUGCAAAAAUGGUGAUCAGUUUGUCAUCCUAGAUGUGUAUUAUAUUCCAACUUUGCAUAGCAAUAUAAUCAGCCUGGGGCAGAUGACUGAAGAGGGAUAUGAUAUAGGAAUGAAGAGAGAAUUCUUAAAGAUGUAUGAUGAAACUGGUUGUUUGAUCAUGAAGGUACAGAGGUCAAAAAAUAGACUAUAUAAGAUAAAACUCACACCUGGGAAGCCUACAUGUUUGGCUAUGAGUAUAGUUGAUGACUCAUGGUUGUGGCAUGCACGUAUGGGCCACACGAAUUUCGGAAUGCUGGAAGAAAUGACACAGAAGCAGAUGGUGACAGGAAUGCCUCUCGUAUCUCAUCCAGCAAAGGUGUGUGAAGGAUGUAUAGUAGUUAAGCAACCUAGACAAAGCUUUCCAAAGCGGCCCAAUGGAGAGCUAAGGAACCGCUCCAGCUGUUACACGCUGACCUAUGUGGCUCCAUUUCACCUGCAACAAAGGGAAGUAAUCAGUACCUCCUACUGAUAGUCGACGACUACUCACGAUAUAUAUGGGUCUAUUUAAUUAAAACCAAAGACGAAGCCUUCACCAUGUUCCAGAAAUUCUAGUUACAUGUUGAAAAAGAAAGCGAUUUUAGGAUCAAGAUGUUGAGAACUGAUCGGGGGGUGAGUUCAACUCCACUCAAUUAUUGAAUUUAUGUGAAGAAGCUGGAAUAAGACGACAAUUGGUGACACCACAUACGUCAUAGCAAAAUGGCGUUGUGGAACGAUGCAAUUGAACGAUCUUAAAGAUGACAAGGUCCUUGCUCAAAGCCAUGACGGUACCGGAUCAGUUUUGGGAUGAAGUUGUGCGUCACUCGGUGUACUUGCUGAACUGAACUGGAACAAAGGCACUCAAGGAAGUGACUCCAUACGAGGCUUGGAAGGGUUCAAAGCCUUCGGUUGCACACCUUAAGGUUUUUGGGUGUGUGGGUUUCGUCAAGAAAUUACAGGGACUAUCCAAGCUAAGUGAUCGAAGUGACUAUGGUUUACUUGGGGGUGGAAGAAGGAACAAAGGGGUGUCGAUUGUACAAUCCCAAGAAUAGCCGAAUUGUAAUUGCAAGAAAUGUCGCGUUUGAAUAGUCAAAAUCGUGGGCCUAGACUGAAGAUACAAUAGAUGAGCCGCUUACUACACCCUACUAGACCAAUAACAUUAUAGCCCAACCUCAACCGGCCCAAGAACAGAUGGAAGCAAAUGAUUCACAGCCAACACCCCUGACAUUGUUACCAAAAAACACGUAGGAAGACUCACUCAUUGAAAGCUCGCAGUCGUCACCUGAUAGCGAUCCCCGAUUAACACCUCCAGGCCAAUACCUCGGUAACUACGAAGACCCGCACUCGGUAACCUCGUUUGAUGAUACCCCAGCAAAAGGGUUUCGCUCAAUCAAUGAGAUUUACCGGAAUACAGAGAGGAUGGAUGAGGUACAGAGGCUGUAUAAGCGAAAUCAAGAACUGUUGAUGAUCGAUGAUGAACCCACAACAUUUGAAGAAUCAUCAAUUGAAAGAAAUUGGAGGCUAGCUAUGGAAGCGGAUCUAAGAUCGAUCGAGAAAAACAAUACCUGGGUUUUGACCAAAUUGACACCAAACCAAAAGGCAAUUGGGUUAAAAUGGGUAUUCAAGUUAAAAAGAGAUGCAGCAGGAAACGUGAUCAAGCACAAGGCCCGACUAGUGCUAAGGGGUAUGUUCAAGAAAAGGGCAUCGAUUUUGAAGAUGCUUUUGCACCAGUGGCUCGUUUGGAAACUAUAAGGCUAAUCCUGGAACUAGCGACAAGAAAAAACUGGCUUGUACAUCACUUAGAUGUCAAGUCUGCGUUUCUAUACAGUGACCUUAAGGAGGAGGUGUAUGUCUCUCAGCCAAUUGGGUUCUCAGUCAAAGGAAAGGAGAAUAUGGUCUACCGUCUCAUAAAGACUUUGUACGGGUUAAGACAGGCUCCAAGAGCCUAGAAUAUAAAGUUAGACCAGUUACUCAAAGGGCUAGGAUUCACCAGAUGUGCUCAAGAACAAGCAAUCUAUAAGGUACACAAAUCCAAUUUAAUCCUCAUCGUAGGGGUAUAUGUGGAUGACCUUAUAGUUACUGGCUCAAGUGAGAAUGGAAUUCUAGAAUUCAAGAAAAGAAUGAAGCAGGUGUUUGACAUGAGUAACUUGGGACUUCUAUCUUAUUACCUGGGAAUAGAGGUAUUUCAAGGAAAGGAUCGAAUUAUGCUCACACAGCAGGGGUAUGCAAAGAAAAUCCUAAAGUUGGCAGGAAUGGAAGAGUGCAACAGCUCACAGUACCCAAUGGAAGCUAACCUAAAGCUGACCAAAAAUGAACAGGGAGAACCUGUAAAUGCAGCAAAUUACAGGAUAUUGGUGGGCAGCUUGAGAUAUCUAGUACAUACAAGACCCAAUUUGAAUUUUAGUAUUGGAGUUGUGAGCAGAUAUAUGUAGAACCCAAAGCAAAGCCACUAUGCAUCCAUAAAGCAUAUCCUAAGAUACGUAAAAGGAACAACCGGGUAUGGCCUAAUGUAUCAUAGAGGAGGCGAUGGCAUGCUAGUAGGGUAAUGUGAUAGCAGCUACAAUGAUGAUCGGGAGGACGGAAGAGGCGUUGCAUAUUUUUCUACUUUCAGUUGUAGUUUAGCCUAUUUAAGUUACUUUGUUUUAAGUUGUUUAAGUAUGUUAAACAAUUUCUAGUUUCAAUCAUUCAAUAAAGUAAACAUUCGGCUAUCUUGUUCCUCUUAUACCCCUGUCAAUUUUACUGUUAGAUUAGCCUUGCCCACCAACAGAAAUAUAUCUUUGAGAGAGAGAGAGAGAGAGAGGCGUUGAAUAUUACUUACUGUCAAAAACGUAUCAAGAAAUGGGGGUUGAUUAAGGCCUUUCUUAAAGAGAGAAUUAGUGACGACGAUGUUGGUGGUUGUUUAGUGGCAAUGGAAUCAAUAGUGGCGUUGGAUUUUAGGAUUUAGAGAAAAGGUUAUAUAGAGAGACAUGCGAUAUAGGAGAAAGGAGUAAAGAAAAAGUAGGAAAGGAGAAAAGGAAGCAGCAGCCUUUGUGAUUGGGUUCAUUAUUAGAAAGGUGGGCGGCUGACGACGGUGACAGCAACCAAUGAUCCAAUUGAAUCUAUGCGAAGUUGGUGUUUCAUAGUCUAUAAAUAGUGAAAGCAUAUUGUCUCACAAACAAGAUCUGAAAACGGGGAAAGAGCCAAGCAUGGAAGUACGAAAUACGAGGUGGAAGCAUUUAAAUAAAGCAUGUGUAAUGAUCCGGAAAAAUCUACACGAAUGUGAAGUUCGUGUUUCGUAGUAUGUAAGUAGUGAAAGCAAAUUCUCUCACAAACACCAAAAAGCUUCUAACCUAGCGUUAUCCGGUAUUGUCUUUCAUUUUUAAGGUUGAAGGUUCAAGUCUCAUCGUAGACAUAUGUGAAAUUAGGUAUUAGUAGGAGUAUAUUAGAUUUUCGGUUUAAAAUUUUUUUCUCACAAACACAAUAGGCAAAUUAAUUUCUAAUAAAGAAUCAUUAUUAACAAGGAACUAAAGAACCAAUCGUGAGUGUCAGAAAUCAUAAUGAUCAAUGGCCAAGGAAAUAUAUAUACACUUGUACAUUGGACACAUAUACAUCAGAUUAUACUAUAAAACCCACUCUUUACCAAAAAAAAAACUCAUAUCUUUUAUUCGUUUAAAAAAAUUAAGUCAAGUUUUUUAUUAAAAAAAAAUUGAAUAUAUCGUUGUUCACGAUUUUUCGUCCUCUU